UACUUCAAAACUUAUAGAAUUAAAAUAGUCUCGAGUUGUGGGUUCAUUGUAGUAACUGUGGUGACUAAAAUCAGCUCGGAUAUGGAAUGAUGUGAGCAAAGCGCAAAGCAAAAAAACAAAAACAACAAAUUUCCAUUAACAACAAAUUCCAAAAAAAAAAAAUAAACAAAAACAAAUUUUCUAAAUUGCACAACCGUUAAAGUUACGACCCAGAAGAAUGUCGAGCAAGUCAUCGAUUGUGGUGUCUCCAUCGAAGACCAAGCCGAUUGCAGAGAAAGCCGCUGAGGAGGAAGGCAAUGUGGCAACGCCACCUGGCGAUGAGAAUGAGCCGAGUACGAGUCAAGGGCAGGUGCGCAAUCAAGCGGAGAGCGGCGGAAGCGUUAGCGACAGUUCCAAGGUUGCCAUAUCUCAGCAUCAGUUGAACGGACCCGUGAUGCGAAUAAAGCGGGAGCUGAGCGAGAUCACAAAGAAUCCGCCGCCAAACUGCAGUGCCGAGAUGCACAAGGAGGAUCUGUUCCAUUGGAAGGCAACGGUGAACGGUCCGAGCGGUAGCGUCUAUGAGGGUGGUAUCUUCAAGCUGGACAUUCGUUUUCCCGGCGCAUAUCCAUUCCGUCCGCCACAGAUUCGCUUUGUGACCCGCAUCUAUCACUGCAAUGUGGACAGUCGGGGUGUCAUCUGCCUCGAUGUGCUCAACGAGCGCUGGUCACCCGUCAUGAAUAUUGCCAAGGUACUGCUCUCGAUUUGGGUGCUCAUCGGUGAAUGUAAUCCACAUGAUCCGCUUGUCAUGGGCAUUGCCGAGCAAUACAAAUGCAAUCGCAAGGAGCACGACAAGAUUGCACGCUAUUGGACCAAGAGAUUUGCGAUGCCCAAACCCAAAUCCAAGCAGGAGCAGGAGGACGAGGAGAAGGAGGAGCAAUCACAGGAGCCAAGCAGCUCCACAGAGAAUCCCAAUUAAAUUAAAAGAAGUAAAGUGUUUGAGCGCACAGUGAGAGAGAGAGAGAGAUAGAGAAAGAGAGAGAGAGAGAGAGAGAGAGAUAGAGAGAGAUUUCCACAAUAAAAACAGUUACUGUACCAAGUA